UAUGAUUAAAUAUUUGAGUGCUCAUUUAAGAUUGGCUCGUCAUGAUAAACCUAUUGGAGCUUUGUUGCUUCAUAUACCAUGCAUUUGGGGAACCAUAUUAGGAUAACCAACUUUUAAUUUUUAAGAAAUAAUUUGGUAUAGUAGUGUAUUUGGAGUUGGAUCAUUCACAAUGAGAGCAGCAGGUUGUGUUGUGAAUGAUAUGUGGGAUAAGAAUAUAGAUAAUAAAGUAGAACGAACAAGACUAAGACCAUUGGCUUCAGGAGAAUUACAAAUGAAAGAUGCAUGGAUUAGUUUAUUUGCACAUUGUUCAGUUGGAUUAUUAGUAUUGACUCAACUUAAUUGGAAUACAAUAGCAGCAUCAUUUGGAAUAGUUCCAAUAGCCUUUUUAUAUCCUUUAGCUAAACGAUAUUUUAGUUAUCCUUAAUUAGUUUUAGGGAUAGCAUUUAAUUGGGGUAUAGUAGUUGGAGGUUUAUAAUUGGCAGGAAUGUUAAAUCCAGCGAUUAUGUUAGGAUAUACAGCUGGGAUUGUAAAUACUUUAAUAUAUGAUACAGUUUAUGGUCAUUAAGAUAAAGAAUAUGAUAAGAGUUUAGGAUUAUAUUCAACAGCUUAUACUCUUCCUAAGAAUACUCCUUUGUAUUUGACAUGGGUAUUUUCUGGAUUGAUUGGAUUAACAUGUUAUGCUGCAUCAUAUCAUCCAGGUGUUUAUCCAUUGAUUGCAUUGAAUUAAUUGGAUAUGUAUUUGAGAUUAAAGUCAACAGAUUUUGACAAUCCAGAGAGUUGUAGUAAAUUCUUUAAAGAUUUCAAAUGGUUUUAAGUGACAAUAGCAUUGAUAUUUGGAGCAGGUUCGUAUAUGAAGUAAUGAUUGA